AUGUUUAAAAUAUUACAAGGAUCAGUUAAAUUAUCACAACCGUUAACUAAAAAUACAUUAAUAUUUGAACGAAAUUUACGAUCAGUGUGGGAAAGAGGAUAUCUUAAGGAUCUUUAUCAUAGACGCGUAUUAGUAGGCGCUGAACCAGAACUACAUCGAUCUGUUUUUCCUAAUUGGAAUUAUAAUGCUGAAGUAUUUGCUUUAUCUCAUAGAAUAUCUUCUUCAAAUAUAGAUAAACAAAAACUUGUCACAGCACUAACUUUUUCUGACUUUUUUGAUAUUGAUCACAAAAAUUUGUCAAUAAAUGAUAUUGAAGGCUAUGGAAGAAUGUCAUUGAAUGGAACUAUUAGUGAGGAAGAAUAUAAUAAACAUAAUGUUGAGUUAAUUGAAGAAGGAUCAACUUUGUUAGAGAAUUAUGUUGAUUCUUAUUUGAGGUAUCAUUUACCAAAUGCACCAGAAGAAUUUAUUAACGCUUUUACUGAUCGGUUGACAAAUGAUGAAGAAUUAGCUAAAGUUUCAGAUUCAUUAGGACUUCGUCAUUUAAUUAGAACAAAAACAUUUCCUGUAUCAACGCCUUUGUUAGCUGAUAGUAUAUUAGCAAUUAUAGGAGUCCUCCCUAGUGAACAUGCUAUUGAAUUAAUUAAAAAUACAAUUAUCCCAAAUAUUUUAUCUAUUCCAAUAGAUAAUGUAUAUCCAUUAGCUCAUCCUUUGCCUGUUUUAGAAGCGUUGUUAAAAAGUCAAAGAAAUGUUAGUGUUGUCGAAGCAAGAUUACUUAGAAAAACAGGAGCAUUAUCUGCAAUGCCUUGUUAUGUAGUUGGAAUAUAUGGUGAUAAGAAAUUGUAUGGACAAAUGCCUGGAGAAAGUAUAGAUAUAGCAACAGAUUUAGCGGCUACUGAAGCCUUACUUAAACUAUGGGGAAUAGAUAAUGGAAAACAAUUUUUGUUUGGUAAUCAAGUAAAGAAUGAUGACUUGAAAGAUUAUAUAAAACCAAAUUAUUCAUUAUUAGAAACUGUUGGAGACGGUGUAUCAUUGAAAUUAUUAACAGAAAGAGAGAUAAUUGAAGAGCCAUUGAAAGUUAUUGAUUUAAUUGAAAAUUACCAAAAAAAUAUUGAGCCAGUUGUUGGUAUUCCUUUACGUAGAAGAUUACGUCAUAAAUUCUCUCGUGGUUCUCUUUUCAAAAGAUCAUUUCGAUAUCUUGUUAAACCAAGAAUUUUUACAAUUGCCUAA